AGCAGCCUCAUAGGAGUAACUGCAAUAUGAUAUAUAAAGCGUAACGAAGCUGCUUUCCUUGUCAGUUGUCAGUGCAUCAGCAUUAAGAUCCAGUGCACAAUAGACUCUCCUCUCUUUCAAUAUGAAGGUGACACUCAUCAUGGUCCUGAUGGCCGUCGUUGGCCUCUCCUCUGCCUACUCCCGCGGCGAUGUCUACGAGAAGCCCCAGCGUGUUGAAAGGGCCAUCAGCGCCGGGAGCACCAGGAUGAUCGGUGGUGAGAGAGACAUCAGCGAGGAGAGCGGAAGCAUGUCCAUGGAAAGAAUAAAGAAAAGAGACACCAGUGGAGAAAGCAGUUCCUUGGAAAGCAGGGAGAGAGGUGAUGCCUUUGCUGUCUCUCACGACCUCGAUCUGAGGCGCCUCUGGAGAAGCGAUAGCUUCCACAGCUCCGAGAGUAACAGCAUUGAGAAUUAAGGAUUCCUCUGAAGACGUGAUGACUGAACGACCUGACCACCAUUUGGUUCCUCUGAUUUCAUUCGGGAUAUUUCUAAGAACAUUCAGAAUUCUUUACAUUAGCUUAAGUAAGACACAAUUGGCAAAACAAUAAUUUAUAAUUUCAUGUAGACAAUAUUGUUUGUUUUUAGUAAGUACAGAGAAAUAAAAUUAUUGGCAAAAA